AUGAACAAAAACGGAACAGCUAAAAUGAAUGAUAAUCAAAUUAGAGCAGAAGGUAGAAGGUUAUUUAAACGCUUCUAUAACAUUCCUGAUGGUGUUAAUCCUAAAACUCGUAGAAGUUAUUUAAAUGAAGCAAUAGAUUCAUAUGAAGGGUUUGACAUUUCAUCAGAAAGUGAGAGAUUAGCGAGAAUGUUAAAUGUUAAUAUUGAUUUCUAUUAUUGUGAUCCUCAACCAGAAGACGUGGACAUAAAUAAGGUAGACUUUCCAUUAGUGGAAUCAAUAAUGAUAGAUCCAGAAUUUGAAACAGUAAAUAUUUUAUUAACACAGAGUCCAUGUGGAAAACUUCACGCUGACAGAAUAACAGACGUUGAAGCACUCACCGGCUAUAGAGUUUGUCCAUAUUGUAAAGAAGAAGUUUAUUCUAUCCGUGAUGAUCCAGAAAGGAAAAACCAAAGAAGAUUUUUAAAGCAUUGUGAGAAAUGUAAAGAAAAUAAUGGAAGAUUAAUUCAAGACGUUCAGUUGCAAAAGACACAGCAACCAUAUGCACCACAUAUUACGAAACAGAAGAUAUAUCAGUGGUUAUUAGCUCAUAAUUUGCAGGAAUAUUAUCAACCGACAAGAUAUUAUAUUACUUUUGACUUCGAAACAUUAGAGACUAAAGAAGAAUUACAACUUUCUGAGUGUGCAACUUUGAACGCUUACUUAAAACCAUUCAUGGUAUCAUCAACGGUUAAAUUAAACGAUAAAACAUAUACGAGGAAUUUUUGCUUAACUUCGAGUGAUUCUUUUAUUUCUGAUUGGAUUGAGUUUUUAUUUUCAACCUGUUCAUUAGUUGCUAAAUCAAAUAUUGAACAAUAUGAAGAAUUAAUGAAGUCGCAAACAUUAAAUGAAAAACAGAAGGAAGCAUUUAAAGAACUUCUAGAUGAGGAAUUCAAUAAAGUGAAUAUCAUAGGUUUUAAUUCGGGAAAGUUUGAUUUAAAUUUAAUUCUUCGUGAUUUAAACACUGCAAAAUGGAAAAUAAAAUCAAUGCUGGGUUCAUCUUCACAAUUUAAGCAAAUCAUUGUAAAGAAAACAAACGUUCCAUAUGAAUUGAGAUUUAUUGACAUCAGAAAUUAUAUAGCGGGUGGGACAUUAGACCAAUUCACUCAAGAUUUCGGAAACAAUAAAUCACGUGUUAAAUCCUUUUUCCCUUAUCAAUUCAUCACAUGGGAAAAUUACGAAGAAGAAUUAUAUAAAGUGGAACCAUUCACGAAAGAUUCAUUUUAUUCAGCAUUAACUCAAGAAACUAUAUCAGAUAGUGAUUAUCAAAUAUAUCUCAAUGAUGCUAAAAACUUUAAGAAUAGAUUAGAAUAUUUUAUUCAUUAUUGCAAUAAAGAUGUUGAAAUUAUGAUUGACCCAAUCGAUAAAAUUAUUGAAGAAACAUUUGUUUAUAAAAUUGAUAUGCUUCAUAAUCUUUCUUUAUCAUCGAAUGCUUCAAUGAUUCGUUACGCUUUAGCAUAUAAAGACUUUAAUCCUAAUGAAAAAUAUCCUGAGGAAGAGAUAGAAUCAAGUUUUGAAUUAACGAAAAAGUAUUGGAAAUAUAAAAUUGAAUCAUAUAAGAAACAAGAUGAAAAAGCAGAAAGGGAUACUAAAAAUAAUGUUUCAAUGGAUGAUUUUCAAUACUAUCACGAUUUAAUCCUUUCAUCUAAAUGCAAAAUGUGUGGUAAAGCGUUUACAUAUGCAAAUAAACCAACAUUGGAUAGA